CAAAUUAUUAUUUGUUAUUAUUCAUCAUUUUGUCAUUCAAUAGUACUGUUGCCAACUAAUUUCGCAAAUAAUCAGGGCUCUACUUUAUAUCAUUUUUAUUGUUUAAGAGAAAUCUUUUUGAUUUAUAGUAGGUCACCACCCAUUAGAAGGAGGUCAAGGUCUCGCUCAUGGUCACCACCCAGAAAUAGAAGGAGCAGAUCUAGCUCAAGAGGGCGUGAUUCUAACAGAGAAGCCCCUAAAAGAGCAGUUUCUAAAUUUCUUAUGGAAAGAACACCCAUAACAGAAAAAGAUCUUGAGGGUAAAACAGAUGAAGAAAAAGAAAUGAUGAAGCUCAUGGGAUUUGGAAAUUUCGAUACUACUAAGGGCAAGCACGUCGCUGGGAAUGUUGCUUAUGGUACCCAUGUCAUUCAGAAGAGAAAAUACAGACAAUACAUGAAUAGGAAAGGUGGCUUCAAUAGACCAUUGGAUUUUGUAGCAUAAAUAUUUAAACUUCAUUUUGUAAAUAGCUUAAAACAUUUUCUAACUGUUUCUAAGUAUUUAUCCAAUUUGUGAAAGUUCUGUAAUUGUAUACCUCUCUAAUAAACAUUAAAUGAGUUUUUA